AUGGAGACCAACGAGGAGAGUAAACAGAACGAAGUAGUUGCAAUUGAGCUUCCGGCUCCUCUAGGCUGGAUUAAGAGACUUAGAGAUCUGCCCAAAGAUCUUCCUGGAACCAACAUCAAGAAAGAAGCUUCUCAGCUCAUUGGAAGAACUCCCCUUGUUUAUCUUAAUAAAGUAACUGAAGGCUAUGGUGCUUAUGUAGCUGUUAAACAAGAGAUGAUGCAGCCUACCUCUAGCAUCAAAGACAGACCAGCACUAGCGAUGAUCAAUGAUGCUGAAAAGAAAGGCUUAAUCACACCUGGACAGACGACUUUGAUUGAGCCCACCUCGGGAAACAUGGGGAUCAGCAUGGCGUUUAUGGCAGCCAUGAAAGGAUACAAAAUGGUACUUACAAUGCCCUCAUACACGAGCUUGGAACGAAGGGUCACGAUGAGGGCAUUUGGAGCUGACUUAAUCCUCACAGAUCCUACCAAGGGAAUGGGUGGGACAGUAAAAAAAGCUUAUGAACUUCUUGAAUCCACACCAAAUGCUUUCAUGCUUCAGCAGUUUUCGAAUCCCGCUAAUACUCAGGUGCAUUUUGAGACUACCGGUCCUGAAAUAUGGGAGGAUACUCGUGGUCAAGUCGACAUUUUCAUUAUGGGAAUCGGAAGUGGAGGCACUGUCUCAGGUGUUGGACAAUACCUAAAAUCCAAAAAUCCCAACGUUAAGAUUUAUGGACUUGAGCCUGAAGAAAGCAAUAUACUGAAUGGCGGUAAACCAGGCCCUCACCAUAUUACUGGCAACGGAGUAGGAUUCAAGCCGGAUAUCCUUGAUAUGGAUGUAAUGGAAGAAGUUCUUAUGGUUUCUAGUGAAGAUGCUGUGAAUAUGGCUAGACAGUUGGCUCUAAAAGAAGGGCUACUGGUUGGGAUAUCUUCAGGAGCUAAUACUGUUGCAGCCCUUAGACUUGCUAAGAGGCCAGAAAACAAAGGCAAACUCAUUGUGACUGUGCAUCCAAGCUUUGGUGAACGAUACUUAUCGUCGGUUCUCUUUCAAGAGCUUAGGAAAGAAGCUGAAAAUAUGCAGCCUGCUUCAGUUGAUUAA